AUGAGAUAUGGGUUGGGUCCAUCAGAACGAGCGGAUAGGCUUGGCAACAUCACUUCCAUGGUACAAAUAGGGAGUAUUGGAGGCGCUUUAAUAGCAUUCUACAUAACGGAUCACAUUGGUAGAAUUUGGGCUACCUGGCAACUCUGUUUGGGGUGGAUGGCUGGAAUUGCAAUUUAUGAGUGCAAAUGGCAGGCUCGGUCAGGUAUACGUGAGACGGUUUGUUGCGGGAAUAGGAGUAGGUCAAACAACAGUUAUUGGGCCAACAUACCUUGCGGAGAUCUCGCCUCCAGCAAUCCGCAGUCUUUGCACUUGCGCCUUUUCAGGAGCGGUAUACUUAGCCAUCGUGGUGGCGUAUUUCGCCAACUGGAGGAGCUCCUUGCAUUCGGUGACGGGUCGGAAAAUGAAUGGCUUAUUCCAAACUUCUAUUAUAUCAUUUUUGCCGGCCUGAUCUUACUACUUUCAUUGGUAAUCAAGGAAUCUCCCCGGUAUCUGAUCAAAGUUGGAAAGGACGCCAUGGUGGCAAUACGAAAUUUACCGGCAGAGCACUCUUAUAUCCAGACCGAGAUGCGCGAAAUUUAUGAACAGCUGAAGCGUGAGCAAGAGGUAGUGAUAGGCACUACGUGGUUCAGUACACUUAGGGAGCUAUUGUUGGUGCCCUCGAAUCGGUACUGUAUCAUGCUUGGAUUGAUGCCCCAAGUAGGACCACUGGCCAGUCAGAAAUAUUAUUCGUAA